GACUGCCGUAAAACACCAAAGAAGAAGAAGAACAACAACAUGCUAUGUAUGCAUAUGUUAUGCAUAUAUAUGUUUCCUCUGGACAAUUAACAGCAUGACGCGGAACGCUUGACGCGAUCAGUCAUUUCAACACGGACACUUUUGCGACGGACCAGCUAAGCACCGGGCGGAAUGGAAGUGAAGAACUCUAAUGCUGCUAUGCUCAGUAACUAUGAGGUGUUCAAACUCCUCACAGACCUGAAGGAACAGAGGAAGGAUAGCGGGAAGAACAAACACAGCACUGGGCAGCAGAACCUCAACACCAUCAUGUAUGAGACGCUGAAGUAUCUGUCAAAGACGCCCUGCAGCAGGCAGAGUCCAGAGAUCGUCAAAGAGUUCCUCACCACUAUGAUGCCUCACAAACUCACAAAGGCAGAAAAACUGCAGCUAUUGAACCACCGACCACAGACAGCAGUGGAAAUUCAGCUUAUGGUGGAAGAGAGUGAAGAGCGGUUAUCAGAGGAGCAGAUUGAGGAGCUCAUCCAGACAGUCUCAGAUGUCCUACCUGGUGAUCCAGAGCAGGAAAACGCAGCUCCAACAGAUGUAGAGAUGGAUGAAGCUGGUCAGUCUUGACACAGUGACAGACCAGAAAUGACUCAUACUGUGGGUGGUGGUGGACAACUGGAGUGGAGGCCAAAAUAACUACAGAGAUGGACUGAUUGCUUUUACCUGCGCCAUUUUGCAUCACUGUUUGAACGGAACAACUUGCUGAGAGAUGGGGUGCACAGUGGUAGCCUGGCAGUGGCUAAACCUUUGAAAUGUCUCAUUAAAAGAUUCACAGUGAGGUGAACCAUUCAAUAAAUGCGAGAAGAUAAGCAGGUUGUUUCUAAUUUGCAUCAUUUGUAAUGCACACGCUUUCAGUACAGCUUUCAGUACAGCUUUCUGUACAGUGAGUCACAGGUGUCUUGUUUUGCAUCUGACUGCUCUAAUUUGUAUUCAUCAGAAACUGUUUAUGCAGACACAGUCUGCUAUUAACCUGCUAUAUUUUUGUUUUCUGACCUAAUGUUAGUUCUCACCAUGGUGCAUAGAAAUAAGGGUUUUUGCUGCUGUGUGAUUUCUUAGUCAGCCAUGCAGUUAAACUUGUAUUGGUACACAGCACUAACAUAAGGUCAUACAGUAUCAUUAGAGUGGUUAUGUAAUGUCUGGACCAAGAGAUGAUUGUUGUUUCUUAUUCAUCCUAUUUUUGAAUUUUGAAUAAAUGCUAAAUCUUGUGUAACAGCUGAAA